CUUUGAGUGACAGAAACGCAGCACGAUGUGGACCUUCAGCUUGCUCCUCUUCUGGGGGUGUUGUGGUAUAUGUAGCUGCGAAACAGUCACAUUAACCCCACCGGAAUCAGUGGCAUGGCGUCGGCUGCUGAAUCUGACAGGGACGGCUUUUGAAACGAAUGAGUGUGUGGAUACGACCGUCUGCCCAGCUUAUGCAACCUGCACCGACACUCCAAAAAGUUACUACUGCACUUGCAAACAAGGCUUCCUGUCCAGCACCGGAGAGACACAGUUCAGGGGCUCAGGUGUGGAAUGCAAAGAUAUAGAUGAGUGUUCUCAAAAUCCCCUACAAUGUGGUCACAACUCAAUCUGCAAAAACCUGCCAGGGAGGUACAAGUGCAGCUGUUUGCGUGGUUUUUCUUCUCCUACUGGAAACAACUGGAACCCUGGAAAGCCAGGUCAUUUUGCCUGUACAGAUGUGGAUGAAUGUGUGGAUCCCAGAGCCUGCCCAGAGCAUGCGACUUGCCACAACAGCCCUGGAAGCUACUAUUGUGUCUGCAACCCAGGAUUUGUUUCUAGAAGUGGAAACACGAGAUUCCUCAGUCCUGGAGGGACAUGUGAAGAUGUGGAUGAAUGUGUGGAUUCCAGAGCCUGCCCAGAGCAUGCGACUUGCCACAACAGUCCUGGAAGCUACUAUUGUGUCUGCAACCCAGGAUUUGUUUCUAGCAGUGGAAACAUGAGAUUCCGCGGUCCAGGAGAGACGUGUGAAAAUGUGAAUGAGUGUGCAAGUUCCACCAUCUGCCCAGCUUAUGCAACCUGCACCAACACUUUGGACAGUUACUACUGUACUUGCAAACAAGGCUUCCUGUCCAGCACGGGAGAGACACAGUUCAUGGGCCCAGGAGUCGAAUGCAAAGUGGUUCCCUUCAAGUGUAAAGAAGAUAUGUUACCCAACAAUGAGCAGGUCCAGCUAUGCCAAGAGGGAGCAGCGGUGGAGCCUGAAUAUUCUGAGUGUAAGCUGCUGAGAGCUGAUGUGAUGGCUCCAUAA